AUGCGACGAUUCGUCACAAACAUAUCCAUCCUCCUAGGAACAACCGCGCUCAUCCUCCAAACCCAAGCCUUCUACCUCCCAGGAGUAGCCCCACAUGAAUACCACGCCGGCGAUAAUGUGCCGCUCAUGGUCAAUGCCCUCACCCCAGGCUCGGAUACUCAGGAAUUGAAGUCUGUGAUUCCGUUUGAUUAUUAUGAGAAGGAUUUUGGGUUCUGUCAGCCAAAGGAGUUGAAGAGUCAGGCGGAGAGUUUGGGGAGUAUCUUGUUUGGCGACCGGAUCUGGAGUUCUGCUUAUGAGAUCGAGAUGGCGAAGGCUGUGAGCUGCAAGCAGCUGUGUGUGGCACCAGUGACCAAGGAUCAAGCCAAGUUUAUCAAUGCCAGGAUCCGGGAGAACUACAACAUCAACUGGCUGGUCGAUGGUCUCCCCGCAGGACAUGUCCGUGCAGGAGGAGAGGCCAACACCGAGGUGUAUUCGAUUGGGUUCCCGUUGGGCAGUGAUGUUGAGGCGAGGAAGGUACCCAAGUUGCAUAACCACUAUGAGAUCUCGAUCGAUUAUCACCAUAAUGAGGUGAGGGACAGUCUGCGAGUUGUUGGCAUUAUUGUUCGUCCCGUCAGUAUCGCAACACCCUCUCUGGGCCAGGAUGAGUGUGGUUACGAUGGGCCCGAGGACACCCCUGCAUUUUUCCUGGACGAAACCAAAGAUAACUCUGUCACUUACACCUAUUCUGUCCACUGGAACAUUGCGGACACGGCCUGGGCAACGAGAUGGGAUAAGUACUUGCUGGUGGGUGAGCCCAGGAUUCACUGGUUCAGUUUGGUCAACUCGAUCAUCAUUGUUCUCUUCCUGACCGGUAUGGUCGCCAUGAUCCUGCUCCGCGCCCUGCACAAGGAUAUUUCUCGUUACAACCAACUCGAGGCCCAGGAGGACUUUCAGGAGGAUUUCGGAUGGAAGUUAGUUCAUGGAGAUGUCUUCCGCACCCCUGCCUACCCAAUGUUGCUCUCGAUCAUUGUCGGCAAUGGAUCCCAGAUGUUCUUGAUGGCCUCGGUAACGAUCAUCUUUGCCGCCCUUGGAUUCUUGUCCCCCUCGAAUCGUGGGUCUCUGGCAACCAUUAUGAUUGUGUUUUACAUGUUCUUUGGCAUCGUCGCUGGAUUCGUCUCUGCCAGGAUGUACAAGAUGUUUGGUGGUGAGGCCUGGAAGUCCAACGUCCUCGGCACCGCCUUCCUUUUCCCCUCAGUGAUAUUUGGGGCGUUUUUGGCGUUGAACUUUUUCUUGAUUAAUGCGAGCUCCUCGGGAGCAGUUCCAUUCGGAACGAUGUUGGGCGUCGUCGCACUUUGGUUCCUUGUCUCGACUCCCCUAUCUGUGAUCGGAUCUUAUCUUGGAUUCCAGCGUCCCAAGGUCGAGCAUCCAGUCCGUGCCAACCAGAUCCCUCGCCAGAUCCCCGACCAGGUCUUCUACCUCCGCACGAUUCCCUCGAUGAUGAUUGGCGGUAUCUUACCCUUUGGCGCCAUCUUUAUCGAGCUCUAUUUCAUCCUGAACUCGAUCUGGUUCCACAAGAUCUACUAUGUCUUUGGGUUCCUUUUCUUGGUCUUUGGGAUCCUGAUCGUGACUUGCGCCGAGGUGACGAUCCUGAUGUGCUAUUUCCACUUGUGCUCUGAGGAUUAUCAUUGGUGGUGGAGGGCGUUCUUGACAUCGGGCGCGUCGGCAGUGUAUAUUUUCUUGUACUCGAUCAUGUAUUACUUUUCGACGUUGCAGAUCAAGAGUUUCACGUCGAUGGUGUUGUAUUUUGGGUGGAUGGCAAUCAUGAGUUUGAUGUUCUUUGUUCUUUCGGGGGCUAUUGGGUUCUUUUCGACCAUGGCUUUUGUCAGGAAGAUCUAUGGCAGCAUCAAAAUCGACUAG